UAUGGAAAAACACAAUCCUAUCGUUCCAGUUUCAAGAAGCCGUCGUGAAGAGGCAGAAAAAUGUUCGCCUGCGUUCACCAUACAGAUAAAAACAACAACUUACGCAAGAUCUUGCCGGAUGCAAAGAGAAAUCAAAAAGUGGUGAAAAAAUGCAACAUUCAGGAAGGAGUGUUUUUGAAAAUACACUUUAUCCAAAAAGAAGGCUGGGUAAAAAGUAAGGUAAAAUUACCCAUGAGCCCCAUACCCGGUUUUAAAGGCGUGAAACCGAAGAGACCCAGGGAGGACGCCGAGCACUCAGAGGAGUGUCUUGGACGUCAGAAACAGCCGAGAAGCUCAACGGAUGACUGCACCUGCUGUGACGAACUAAACGCAAAACGGCAACACCUCGAGGAUGGGUCUAUACCUGGGGUGAAUGCUGUUCGUUGAACGACAAUACAUCGAGCUGUGGUUAAAAAUAAAUAUCAUCUUGGAACCACUCACUAUUAUUAUUUAUAAAAAAUAAGUAUAAAUACAUAUCACGAAAUUUAUGUACUUAAUAAUUAGCGUAUUAUUAACUAUAUUUUCUAGUUGUGUUGGAUUAUAAUUAUAUUUUUUGAAAAUUAAAAAGUACCGUUUUACGGAGCUGUUUCAAA